GGCUAAGCUACCGUUCGACAGUGUCCGCACGCGAUCUCGGCGUGGAUCCAAUGGCGGGCUCUCCGGCGACCAAGCUCGGCGGCGGCGGCGUCGGCGGCGGACGGGGCGGCCGCUCGUCCUCCGGAUUCGGCUCCGUCGACGAGGACGUCCUCGAGAGCAUCCUCCGGCGGCUGCCGGCGACGACCUUCGCGUCGGCGGCGUGCGUCAGCAGGUCGUGGCACCGGGUCUGCGGGCGUAUCCUCUCGCGGCCCAAGCUCGCUACUGCUCUCUCCCUCGACCCUUGCGCUCAAAGUGCUUUGCAAGAGGUUGUUGAUAAGGUUUUGGCUGAGCCAAUUUGCCCACAUUUUGCCAUUGUCAAUGUCGGAAAUAACGUUGAUACGACGGAGGCUCUUCAAUACAUUGGUAGUAAAUUGGGAGCUGGAACACCUAUAGUAAUAUCCGCUGACAGUGGAAUUAUUGGAGUAGAUGUUCUUACCAAUCAAGUCAAAGAGGUUGAAGGAGGUAUUGAUAUUGGUUCCUACAACAAUGAAGAUUCCGACAAUGCUGAACAGGGUAUUGUCCUGACCGUGGGUUUUGUACCAGGAUUGAAAGUUGAUGUUGUCCCGCUGCUGCAUCUAGCGGAAGUAAAUGAUGACCGGUUAUUGGUUGACAAGUUCGUAACGGAUAUAAUGGAAUACUCAGUUGCUGUGUCGGGGUGCUCAACACCAGUUGGAGUUAUUAUGUUUGGAGAUGGAACUGCUGAGAUCAAAUCUGCCGCUGAGAAACUAGUUGGCAUUGGCUCUUGUGGCCUCAUGAACCAGCACGUCAUUGCAGAUUAUGCAAUGCCUUUGGAAACUGCGAUAGUGGGUGACGAGAAAGGCAAUUUUGAGUACAGAAGUGUGGACAAAUCCAGAUACAUCUCUGCAAUUGUGCUCCAAAACUAUACCACUAGUGCCGUUGCACUUGUUUUUGCCAAAGAUAGACACAAACGCCCUGGGUUAGGUGAUAUUAAGUUUCAUGUGGCAUUAUCGGAUGGAUUGUCAACUAUAGGUCCAAGGCACAGGGCAGCUUCUGUCCAAGUUGAUGAUUGCUGUACUUUGCUCACUGCUAGAAGAGAAGGUCAGGAGGAAAUUCUUGAUGGCGAAGGAAUUCUGAAUGACAUCAGAGAUGAGCUAGAAAAUCGUGUUGAGUACCCUGACGUGUACAUUGGAGUAACUAAAAGAAGGAUAUAUGAAGUUGGGGCAGAGAAGGCAAAGUUGAUGUCAUUCUUGUCAUUUCAUGGUGUGAUGGGGGGUGUUGAAUACCUUCGUGUUGAGGGGUCUGGCAUUGAAAGUGGAGAUAGUUUCCAGUUUUACUAUUCUGAUCCUGCAGCUGCCCUUGACUCGUGCCAAAAAGUCUCAGCACGCCUGAGAAGUCUGAAUCUGGGGAGUGAUUCCGAUUGCUCUGAUAAAAUGGGGAGCAUCGUUGCCAGUGCUGGUAAACCCCGGGUUUUCGGAGGUUUCAUUUUCUCUUCUUUUGGCCGUGGAGAAUCGUUUUUCAAUGAUUUCAAUGUCGAUAGCUCGCCGUUCGUGGAGAACUUUCCUGGAGUUCCUGUGGCAGGAAUAUUUUGUGGUGGGGAAAUCGGCCGUUGCUCACCAAGCUUGAACGUGCAAGACAGCGAAGAAGAAACCUCCGUGCAUCGGGUUUGCCAUGUUUAUAGCACCGUUUAUCUAGUAAUGUCAUACACUCCGGCUCCUCCAGGCACCGCCGUCACAUCUUGAUCCGAUGAUUUUCUUCCUGCGGAUCGGAUGUUUGUGCAUUUCGACUUGACCGGUCAUGUUGAUUACGAAAAAGAAAACUUAGGUAGUUGUUUAUUUGGUGGAUGCCUUGAUGUCACCAGGAUCUAGAAAUGAUAAUAGACUAUAUGCAUGUCCAUUCAUUA